AUGCAUGCAGUGGGUAUACAUUCUGCCAUGGCGAUAAAACGCCAACGGAAGAGGCGUGAUGAACAAAAACGUGCUAGAGAAAGACGUUACAGUACACAGAGUUCCGAAAGUGGAGAAACAUUUCAUUCACCGAGUGGAUCAUUUCGACGUAAAUUCCAUCAAGCACAUAAUACGGUUAAGCCGGGACCGGGGCUGGAUAGUCAGGUGGUAACCAGUAUUGGGAUGCUGCACAUUGGCAUUGUGUUUAUUGUAUUCGGUUUAUUUUUGUGUGGCGCUGGAAUUAUACCUGAUGAAACAAUGUCCUGGAAUGUUUUUAGCUCAAGUUCGGCAUGGUGGAAUGAAGUAACAUGUACUGGAUUAUUUUCUCUGGGACUUGGUUUGUUCUUGCUGGUAUUAAAUUGUUUGAUAAGUCGGAAGGAAGAGGAAGACUUGGAAGAUUAUGUACAGCGUCAACUGACCAGAUCUCGAUCAGGACAUCGUUUGGAACGUGACGUCGAGACUGGUGUCUUAACAACACGCCAUGCACGAAAAGCAGUUGCUUUACAGAAAAAUGCACGAAACGGAUCAACUACUGAUGUUGCUUUAGUAAACAGUUCAGCAUCUGAUAACGUACCAAAUGGAUCCAUAGUUGGACGUAAUAUAAAUUAUUCCGGUGAUAUUUUAUUAGAAAAAAUAGUCGAAGAAGACAACUCAUAUCUUAAUAAUGGUAGUGUUGGUGUUUCGCCAAUUGAAAUAGAAAAUGAUACUAAGCAGCUCCUACGAAGCGAAUCAAUAAAUGAAACAAUCAAUAUUACGAGAAUAUAA